AUGGACUCCGCUCCCACGCCCCUUGACCCCGUCCCUGCCGACGACGUUGCCUCUCCAGAGUCCAAACCCUCCAAGCAGGACAUCAACCCCUGGUCAGUAUCCGGCGAAGUUGGCGACGACGGAAAGGUCAAGGCCAUUGACUAUACCAAGCUCAUUGAUGAGUUUGGCACCAGCAAGAUCGACGAUGCACUGCUUCAGCGCUGGGAGAGAGUCACGGGCCAGAAACCUCACCGGUUUAUGCGCCGUGGUAUUUUCUUCAGUCAUCGAGAUCUACACAUGAUUCUGGACCGUUAUGAGAAGAAUGAGCCUUUCUUUCUAUAUACUGGUCGUGGACCUAGCAGUGAUAGCAUGCACAUCGGACACACCCAAGUUUUUGACUUUGUUAAAUGGCUGCAAGACACACUGGAUGUACCUCUGAUAGUCAUGUUGACAGACGAUGAGAAGUACCUCUUCUCCGAGAAGCGAACGGUAGAAGAGGUCAUGGGAUAUAGCAGGACCAAUGCCAUGGACAUUAUUGCCGCUGGCUUUGACCCCAAGAAGACAUUCAUCUUCUCCGACUUUGCCUACGUUGGAGGCGCCUUCUACAAGAACAUUGUUCGUUUCGCCAAAAGAGUCACAUACAACACCGCCAAGGCAAUCUUCGGAUUUGAUGGCAGCUCAAAUAUUGGCAAGAUUCACUUUGCCAGCAUCCAGGGCGCAACCUCGUUCGCAUCAUCAUUCCCUCACAUUUUUGGUCCCGACGAAAAGAAGACUAGCUCCAUCCCCUGUUUGAUCCCGUGUGCCAUCGACCAGGACCCUUAUUUCCGAUUGACCAGAGACUGUGCCCAGGGUCUCAAGUUUGCCAAACCAGCUCUCAUUCACAUGCGGUUCUUGGAUGCUUUGCAAGGGCCGGGGUCAAAAAUGUCGGCUAGUGACGAUAACUCUGCUAUUUUUCUAAGCGACACUGCGAAGCAGAUCAAGACCAAGAUUAACAAAUAUGCUUUCUCUGGAGGUCGCGAGACAGUGGAGGAGCACCGCGAAAAGGGCGGCAAUGCCCAUGUAGAUGUUGCGUACCAAUACCUCACGUUCUUCCUGGAGGAUGAUGAUGAGCUCAAAAGAAUCAAGGACGAAUACAGCAGCGGCAAAUUGCUCACCGGCGAGCUCAAAGCGAUUUGUAUUGAACACCUCCAAAAAUACGUCGGCACCUUUCAAGAACGACGGUCAAAGGUUAGCGAUGCUGUGGUUGACGAAUUCAUGUCGGUGCGCCCACUGGAGUGGAAAGGCAACCCACGGGUUCCUCGGGCAGACCUCGUUGUGCCAGUCACCAAGGCUGCUGACGGCGUUUCUCCUUACGGCGAUACAGGUAGCACUGGUGAGCUGAGCAAGAAUGCAAUGAAGAAGCUUCUCAAGGAGCAGCAAAUAGCAGCCAAGAAGGCCCAAAAAGCGAAGGAAAGGGAGACAGCGACGACGGAAGGGAGUGGAGCAUAG